AUGACCUACCGAAUACCUGCGCUCAGAUUGGCUAUUAGCGCUGUUCUCAUAUCAACGGCUAUAGCAGACGUCGAGUGCUGCCAGGUGUUCUCUGAUGACUUCACUGAUGAUUCAGCAACAUGUCUCACUACAUGCACAAAAGCGCUACGGUCGCCAUCCCUACGGACGACCGAUAAACUGAAAUCGAUCAAAUCAUGUCGCCCGGACAACAAAAAUUAUACGACUACUCAAAGCGAGAAAUUCCCGUACUUAGCCGUCUGUGAUCUUGCCAGUCGGCUUCAGCCAAACGUACUGUACAUUGGACCGGCGUUGAAGGACUGA